AUGCCGAAACCUUCUAUUGCAGUACCACCCAGAUAUAAUAUACCACAACAUAAAUUGCGUAAUAAGUUCUUAUCAUUAGCUUUUCCAGCUAUUUUGCUCUUGUUAAUAUCUUUAGCCGGUACUUUGUGGUACUUUGUGUUCCGUAAGCCAGCAGUUGAGCUUGACCGGGUGAAAACUUUGUUAAAAAAAGUCGAGAUCGGGAAUUUUGAAUAUUUUGACUCUGACGAAGAAAAAUUUGUUAAAAGAUUAUUGUGCAACUUUGACGAUGGAUUUGAAGACAGCUUUCCAAAGUGGAACAAUAACGCCACAGAAUUAGUUAAGUUGUGCAAAUUGGGGAAUAAAUUAUUACAGUACUAUUUGAUUCAUAACGACUGCCGGUACUUAGAUGUUGCUACCCAGAUAAUUUUGACCAUUGACAGCGACCUUUUAUCCAAAAUAAGUUACCAAUCUAACGAUACUAACUUUGACCUAUAUAGAAUGUGUAUAUACGUCGCGAGAUUCUUUGUAAUUUACCAAGUGGCUGCUGAUGAUGAAAAUGAUGAAAAUGAAGUCAUUAAAAAAACUAUGAAAGUUUGUCAUAAUUUUAUCAUGAAAUUGAUUCCUAUGUUGAAUCGAAUAAAAGUUUGGGAUUUUUCUAAAAGUCCCCAGUUAAGUAUUUACAGCAGCAUCCCUCGAUUGCUAUCGGCUUAUUUAUAUCGGUCUCACACUUAUGAAUGUGACGUCAAAAGUGAAGACAUGAACAGUUUUAAGAAUAAUUUAAAGAUGUGGAUUCCGGCUAAGGGUCGAAAUCUACUAAACGAUUAUAAUUUUUAUUAUGGAGUGUGUUGUGCCUUCGAUUUUUGGAAGGAAUAA